AUGAGUCUGGCUUUGAACUCCAGCCUGGAGGGGCGCGAUGGGGACAGGGUCCAACCGGACCCCAGUCCGCCCAGCAACGGCAGCAGUGGGCUCCGGGACGCCGGAGAGAGCGACCUGGAUGUGAACACGGACGUUUAUUCCAAAGCGGUGGUCACCCUGAUCUACAUCGGUCUCUUCGUGCUGGGCUCGUUCGGUAACUUCAUCACCAUGUACACCCUGGUGAAGAAGAAGACACUGCAGCACCUGCAGGGCACCGUGAACUAUCACCUCGCCAAUCUCGCCCUGUCCGACCUCCUCAUUCUCCUGCUCUGUAUGCCCAUCGAGCUCUACAACUUCAUCUGGGUGCACCACCCCUGGGCUUUCGGUGACGCCGUGUGCCGGGGUUAUUACUUUCUCCGGGAUGCUUGCACCUAUGCCACGGCGCUCAACAUCGGCAGCCUCAGCGUCGAGCGCUACAUGGCCAUCUGUCACCCGUUCAAAGCCAAGACUCUUAUGUCCAGCAGUCGCACCAAGAAGCUCAUCUCCCUCAUUUGGGUGCUGUCGUUCCUGCUCGCCACUCCAAUGAUCUUCACUAUGGGGCAGAAGUAUGCCAACCCUGUCCCCGAUCCAGAUGACUUGAUCUGCACCACCAUAGUGGAUGAAAUGACGGUCAAAACCGUCAUUCAGGUAAAUGCAUUCCUGUCCUUUGUCAUACCCAUGGUAAUGAUCUCAGUCUUGAACACAAUCAUCGCCAAUCAGCUGAUAGCAACCUUCAAACAUGCAUCUCAAGACAGUCGGAUGUGUACUAUCGAAGGGCAACAAAACACACUGAGCAUUUCGGUGGAGCCAAGCCGGAUCCAAUCCCUUCGGCAUGGAGUCAAAGUUCUCAGGGCUGUAGUCAUUGCCUUUGUGGUAUGCUGGCUUCCAUAUCACGUGCGUCGUCUCAUGUUCUGUUAUGUGCCCAAACAUCAGUGGACAGAAUUUCUCUACGAUUUCUAUCAUUACUUCUACAUGGUGACAAAUAUCCUCUUCUAUGUCAGCUCCACUAUCAACCCUAUCUUGUACAACCUGGUCUCUACAAACUUCAGACAAAACUUCUUCUCCACACUCAGCUCCUAUUGUCUUCUCAGGCGACCAAAAGCCAAGACUCGUGCAAUUAGCAGAAAGUCAAAUAGUAUUUCCAGCAAUCAUAAUUACUCCAAUAUUGUCACAAAAGAAACAAUGUACUAACAGGUAUUAAUUGAAGUCAGAUAGCUAAUGAAAUUUGGUGAUUACUGGAAUGAAUUUUGAAGAAUACCCUCAUAGCAACAUCCUAUUAUUAAAAAGUGAUUAGUAAUUAAUUAAUUGAAAAGCAAUUUCUUUGGGUUUCCACUCAUUUUCAGUGCUUUUUAUUUUCAGUACAGGGAACAUCAGUGUAAAUGACCCCAGGAUUUAAGAGGAAAAAUACAGCUGUUUAGGACUAAAAUUAUGUGAAUUUUAAUAGGAGUCCAGUAAUCUCCUAUGUUCAGGAUUUGAAUGCAUUGUACCAAUUAUUCCGGAGUUUUUUUGUAUUCCAAUUCAUGCUCCAAUACUCUUUCAAUUUACAUUUUUAAUAUGUUAAACAAUAGAGUGGUAAAAUAAAUUUCCUGAACCUGAAGUUUUAAUGGAGUGCAUGAAACUG